CAAUGUCCAAUGACCACACAUUCACAUCCAGGGCAUAUUUGGCAAUUUGGAAUUGAAGCAGGGGAUUUCUGUUGGAUUACCAUUAUUCAAAGCAAGCUUUUCUUUGCCCAUGAUUUUCAGUUUAUCACCAACCAAUUCUUAAUAUUUUUUUCCUUUUUUAUUUCUCACACUUUCUUGUCCUUCUCUUAACAACUUAUAAAGGUUGUUCUGCAGCAAUCAUAUUACAUCUCCAUAGCUGACAUUGCACCAGACAUGGCCACCAUCAGUAACUUAUUUCUCCAAAUUCUCCUCUUAACAUCCAUAUCCAUAUCUUAUGUCAGAUCCAUAGAUUUUAACUACCCAGCAGUUUUCAACUUCGGCGAUUCAAAUUCCGAUACUGGUGAUCGCGUAGCUUCAGGCCUUGAGGAGAUUGAUGAUCCCUAUGGAGAGACUUACUUCAAAAAACCGUCAGGAAGAUUCUGUGACGGGCGUUUGAUCGUUGAUUUUCUCAUGGAUGAACUUGACUUACCCUUUCUCAAUGCCUAUUUGGAUUCUGUCGGCGCGCCUGUAUUCAGAAAAGGUUGCAACUUUGCUGCAGCAGGAUCAACGAUUCUUCCAGCAACUGCAUCAUCAGUUAGUCCCUUCUCAUUUGGAAUUCAGAUGGCUCAGUUUCUUCGAUUCAAAGAUCGAGUCCAAGAUUUAGCUAAAAGUAGGAAAGUUGACAAGUAUAUCCCGUCACAAGAUUCCUUCGGAAAGGCUCUUUACAUGUUCGACAUAGGCCAGAACGAUGUGGGUGGUGCAUUUUACUCAAAGUCGCUUGAUCAAGUUCUUGCCUCGAUCCCAUACAUUUUACAAGAAUUUGAAGCAGGCAUCGCAAAAUUGUAUGACGUGGGAGCACGAUUCUUUUGGAUUCACAAUACAGGUCCAGUAGGAUGCUUGCCCCAGAACAUUGCCAAAUUUGGGACUGACCCAUCAAAGUUGGACACACUAGGGUGUGUUGCAGGACACAACCAAGCUGCUCAGCUAUUCAACCUGCAACUCCAUGCCCUCUGCAAGAAGUUACAAGGACAAUAUGCAGAUUCGAAUGUCACGUAUGUUGAUAUAUACACAAUCAAGUCUAAUCUUUUGUCAAACUAUUCUAGAUAUGGGUUUGAACAGCCAAUCAUGGCUUGCUGUGGAUAUGGCGGCCCUCCACUAAAUUACGACAGUCGAGUACCAUGUGGGCAAACGAAAACCAUAAAUGGCACCUCGGUUACUGCUAAAGGAUGCAGCGACAGCACAGAGUAUAUCAACUGGGAUGGCAUUCAUUACACAGAAGCAGCAAAUCAGUAUGUUGCAUCACAGAUCCUUACCGGAAAAUAUUCGGAUCCGCCUUUCUCUGACCAGAUGCCAUUUCUCUUAAAGCUCAAGUUCUAACUUCUAGAUAACGACGAUGUAUACUAAAUUUAGACCCCAAAAGAAUGUAAAGUACAUAUAAUACAAUUCAUUGAUCCUGAAUUAUGGAUUAAAUCACAUUUUUAUUUUUAUUUUCAAUCAAUGACAAGAAUUUACAUCACAUUUGAAUUCUUUAUGGAGGAUGCAGACAUGUAAAAUGUUAAGUUUCAUUGCCAUGACUUGAGACAUUAACAAAAGAA